UCAUAUUUUCCCUCGCUCAUUUAAAUUUAUCCCUCAUCGUUCAUCAUCAUACCCGUUUGAUUUGAGUUCUGUUUUUCUCUCUCGAUCAGUCUAUCGAUUCGCUUCUCCUAAUGCUUCCAAAGUUAAACUCCAGUGAGAACUUGGACAGAUUCAUCCCAAAUCGAUCCGCUAUGGAUUUCGAUUACGCUCAUUACAUGCUCACUGGUGGCAAGGUCGAAAAAGAAAACACCGGACCGUGUUCUCCAUCCAAACAAAUUUACAGGAAGCAUCUUGCAGAAAUCCUGAACAUGAACAGAACAAGAAUCCUUGCUUUCAAGAACAAGGCGCCGUCCUCAGCAAAGAAUAUUCAAGAGUCUUUCUCACCUCCCCAGUGGACAAAGUCCGUUAAGCGGAGAAGGGAUAUUUCUCAGUCUCCAGAAAGGGUGAUGGAUGCUCCUGAGAUCAUAGAUGAUUUCUACCUGAAUUUGUUGGAUUGGGGUAGUAGUAAUGUUAUUGCUAUUGCCUUAGCCAAUACUGUAUACCUGUGGGAUUCCUCUGAUGGUUCUAUCUCUGAACUACUCUCGACGGAUGAUGACAUUGGACCGGUGACUAGUGUCAAAUGGGCACCCGAUGGAAGGCACCUUGCUGUUGGCUUUAAUAAUUCCCAUGUCCAGCUAUGGGACUGCUCAGCUACUCGGUUGUUAAGGACUCUUCGAGGAGGACAUAGUUUAAGGGUCAGUUCACUUGAUUGGAAUGAUCACAUCUUGACCACUGGAGGACUGGACUGUAUGAUUAUUAACAAUGAUGUGAGAAUACGGUCCCACAACAUUAGCACAUAUGGAGGACACAGUGAGGAGGUUUGUGGCUUGAAAUGGUGUUCCUCAGGCCGGCAAUUAGCAAGUGGUGGGAACGACAAUGUACUAUACAUAUGGUGCAGUUCCAUGGCCUCCUCAAACUCAUCUAAUCAAUGGCUUCAUUGUUUGACGGACCAUUCUGCUGCCGUUAAAGCACUUUCUUGGUGUCCUUUCCAGAGCAACCUUCUUGCCUCUGGUGGGGGCAUAGGAGAUCAGUGCAUAAAGUUUUGGAACACCAAUACUGGGGCAUGCUUGGACUCAGUUAAUACCGGUUCACAGGUCUGUGCGUUACUCUGGAGCACACACGAACGAGAACUUUUGAGCGCUCAUGGAUUUAACGACCAUCAGCUCACCCUCUGGAAGUACCCGUCAAUGGUUAAGAUUGCUGAGCUUUAUGGUCACACUUCAAGAGUGCUAAGCAUGGCUAAGAGCCCUGAUGGCUAUACGGUUGCAUCUGCAGCUGGUGACGAGACGCUAAGACUGUGGAACGUUUUUGGGACUCCGACAAUGGGAAAGCUUGUUGCUGAUAGAAAACAAGAACCUUUUUCUAACGUACCCCGUAUUCGAUGAACAAGGUGUUGAUGAGCUUGUGCGGAACUGGACUUUCUUGAUAUGGACAUUAGAGUGCUGAUGUGCUACAACAACUGUAAAUGGCAUUGAGAAGAUAAAUUUUAUUCAAAGAGUGUUAAAGAUGUUGUGAAGAACAGUUUAGUGUUUUGGGUAAACGGUAAUGUAUCAAGUGAAGAGGGAAAAAUAUUACAUUCAUAUGAAAGAGAAUGUUUGAAAUAUAGACAGCAACUUAUAUUGCAGGUCCAGCCCAAAUGCAUUGGAUCAUUUUCCAGUUUGAGCCCAUCAACUUUGCAAGUUCCCAUCAGAGUUUGAGCAAACUCGUUUGCGCACGGAGUUAUUUCGA